AUGCUCAGCACUCCAAAAAAGGGCACUGGGACAGCUGGUCGGAUGUCCAAAUGUAUAAGACGGCGAAGCACAAGAACCUUAAGAGACAGUGCUAUCAAACUGUCAGUUGAAAAUGAAACUGGAAUCUACAACGAAGCAGCCGAACCAGUUGUCAGGUCCUUCGGCGUUCCCAUUUUACGGGUAUACAAAGCUUCCAUACCCCUCCAUACACAACAUUAUAGGGUGACUGACUGCACUCGCUUUUGCUUUGGUGAUCGUGGACCAUAUGAUCACGAUCGCGCAUUGAUGACGAAACUGAUCGAAGAGGCCAUAGCUGGUGGUAGCAUUGGUGGUAGCCUUCCAGCGUUGCCCACAGAGAGGUCCGAAAAGAAUCAAUUUGACCUCCAAAUUAGGUGGGAUCUGUUGAUGGAACAUCCUACUGACUCACUCAUGGCAAAGUUGAAUUAUUGCGCAAAUUCCAAAAAGUCGACAAGACCGCCGUCAUGGAAAGCGGAUAAGGACGGACUUUCUCCUGCGUUGGAGCAAUAUCUGAAGAACUCGGAGAUAGUCCAUAGAGGGGGAUGA